GGGGGGAAAGUUGAAAGAGAAAAAGCAAGCUAGAAAGAAAAGAAACCCCUCAGACUAUUUGAUUUGAACCCCACCGGGUCGGAACAACUCGCCCUCCCCCUCUUUCCCCUUUGAGCAUCCUUGUCUCUCUCUGUUCUCUCUCUCUCUCUCUCGCUCUCGCUCUCGCUCUCUCGCUCGCUCGCGCCAUCUUCCUCUAACCAUCUCCUCCUCCCGCUUCUCUCGAGUCACUUCUUCUUUCUUCCUCCCUCGCUAUUGUUCUUGUUAUCCUCUUCCCCCCCCCCUCGUUUGUGCCUGUCAUCUGUGCUCCGUCUUGCUCUGCCGCUAGUACCUCACCAUGUCCGAUCUGCAAGGCCGCAAGAUCUUCAAGGUCUUCAACCAGGACUUCAUUGUCGAUGAGCGCUACAAUGUUACCAAGGAGCUAGGCCAGGGCGCAUACGGUAUUGUCUGUGCUGCUACCAACGUGCAGACUGGCGAAGGUGUCGCCAUUAAGAAAGUCACCAAUGUCUUUAGCAAGAAGAUCUUGGCCAAGCGCGCUCUGAGAGAAAUCAAGCUGCUUCAGCACUUCAGAGGCCACCGCAACAUCACUUGCUUGUACGAUAUGGAUAUUCCGCGCCCGGACAACUUCAACGAGACCUACCUGUAUGAAGAAUUGAUGGAGUGCGAUUUGGCCGCCAUUAUCCGCUCCGGACAGCCCCUCACCGAUGCCCACUUCCAAUCCUUCAUCUACCAGAUUCUCUGCGGUCUCAAGUACAUUCACUCGGCCAAUGUGCUGCACCGUGAUCUGAAACCCGGUAAUUUGCUGGUCAAUGCCGAUUGCGAGCUGAAAAUCUGUGAUUUUGGUCUGGCCCGAGGCUUCUCGAUCGACCCGGAGGAAAAUGCAGGAUACAUGACGGAAUACGUCGCCACGCGCUGGUAUCGCGCCCCGGAGAUCAUGCUGAGCUUCCAGAGCUACACUAAAGCUAUUGAUGUCUGGUCCGUCGGCUGUAUCUUAGCCGAGCUGCUUGGAGGCCGUCCGUUCUUCAAGGGUCGCGACUAUGUUGAUCAGCUUAACCAAAUUCUGCACUACCUCGGUACUCCCAAUGAGGAGACCCUGAGCCGUAUUGGAUCCCCCCGGGCCCAGGAGUAUGUGCGCAACCUCCCCUUCAUGCCCAAGAUUCCCUUCCAGCGCUUGUUCCCCAACGCCAACCCGGAUGCCCUCGACCUGCUGGACCGCAUGCUUGCUUUCGAUCCCACGUCGCGUAUCUCGGUUGAGGAGGCGCUGGAGCACCCGUACCUGCACAUCUGGCACGAUGCUUCGGACGAGCCCACGUGCCCCACCACCUUUGACUUCCACUUCGAGGUGGUCGACGACGUGGGUGAGAUGCGUCACAUGAUCUACGACGAGGUUGUGCGCUUCCGCGCCACCGUCCGACAGCAGUCGCAGGCGCAGGCCGCCGCGGCGCAACAACAGCAGGCUGCGCAGCAGACAAACGUGCCCAUCCCCGAAAACCAACAGGGCGGAUGGAAGCAGGAGGAGCCCAAGCCCCAGGAAGCGCUCGCCGCGGGCGGUGGCCACCAGAACGAUCUGGAAUCGUCUCUGCAGCGUGGUAUGGAUGUGCAAUAAGUGUGUGCACUUGCUGCCUGCGCUGAGCUGCCGGUAUCCUUCAUGACCCAUCAAUGACUGUGCAACACGAAGGAAUGGCCAACCGAAGAUGGGAAGAAGAGUGCAGAGAUCUAGUACGGGGCACGGCUUGCUCCCCACGUAAUAUAUGUCGAUUCGACCCCCUCACAACCAAAUCCAUCGACUUCUCCCCCCUUUGUCGUUCUGGGAAUCGCGGGCGUUCCUGGGACUAUCAUCUCCCCGAUCUAUGCUAUGUCUAUUACCUACAACAUAUGAAACCUUCCGGUUUCAUGUCAAGCUCUAUUCUCAAAUGCAAAUAUCUUAUGAAACACUGAUGGCUGAAUCCUUCAGGGCGGACCUUUCCUCUUGAGAGGUCUUUUCGCGUUCUUGGUGGUCUGGUCAAUAAGAGUUCUAAUCAGGCGACUCGGUCACCCCUAGCUAAUGACACUGGCAUAUCUCGAGAGCGUAUACCCGGGG